AGCCCCCCCUGCCCUGGCACUGGCUCACAGUCUCCAUGGAGGCACUGGGGCUGGAGGGCCGGGGUGGGAGGCCCCAGGGGAGGGGCUGUCUCCUGCUGGCUGUGGCUGGAGCCAUUGUACUAGGGUCUGUGGUGCUGUCUGUGCCUAUCACUGUCCUGACUGUGCUGGCCUUGGUGCCCCAGGAGCGGGGAGGACUGGUAACAGAGACCGCUGAUCUGGGGGGACAGACCCAGCAACAACUGGAGUUCCAGAAGCUGCCCGAGGAGAAAGCGGAAACAGAUCUCAGCCCGAGGCUCCCGGCUGCCCACCUCAUAGGCUCUUGGAAGACUGGGCAGGGGUUAGGUUGGGAGACGAAGAAAGAAGAAGCGUUUCUGAGAAGCGGCACGCAGUUCUUAGGCGCGGAGGGGCUGGCCCUGCCGCAGGACGGCCUCUAUUACCUCUACUGUUACGUCGGCUACCGGGGCCGGGCGCCCCCUGCCGGCCGAGGACCCCUCGGCCGCUCGGUCACGCUGCGCAGCUCGCUGUACCGUGCUGGGGGCGCCUACGGGCCAGGGAUUCCCCAGCUGCUGCUCGAGGGUGCCGAGACUGUUACAUCGGUUUUGGACCCGGCCAGGAGGCACGAAUACGGACCCCUUUGGUUCACGAGCGUAGGGUUCGGCGGUCUGGUGCAGCUCCGGAGGGGCGAGAGGGUGUACGUCAACAUCAGUCACCCCGAUAUGGUGGACUACAGGAGAGGGAAGACUUUCUUUGGGGCUGUGAUGGUGGGGUGAGGGCCGCCCGCGUCCUAGGAAACACGACUGCAUGGUACAAUUGUGUGAAUCAGCCCAGAUAUUGGGAACUCAGACACCUGGGAGCCCAUGGCAGUGGAAAAAAUGUAGGAAACAGUUUGGAAACUGAUUUUGAGCCUGAUGAAAAUAAAGAAUGUAAAGCUUUAGUGCUGCCAAUGUAGAUGCUGAAAUGCUAAUAUCUUAAAUCAGGGUGAGCACACAAGUGGUUAUAUUAUUCUCUAUUUUUUUGGGGGGGAGGGGUUGCUUGCAGCAAUUCAUAAUACUGCUUAUGGGCUUUGCUUCCUGAGAUGGUGGUCUGCUAGUCCCCCUGAACCCCGGCCUCUGAAUGGACAGGCCCCAACAGUAGCCCAGAGGGAGUUAAGAAGGAACAGGAGCUCCCAAAACCCAAAGCAUCUCCAAGCAUGAUUCUCAGAACCACAUGGUCUCCACCAGAUACAGGCACUAUGCUCUUUUUUCUCGGGUCUCUCCCAACAGAGAGAGGGGUCACUGUAGGGAAAGACAAUCACCAGAGUAAGAAAGGCCCAGUGCAGAGUAAGCCCUUGAUGUGGCUGAGGAAUGAUGCUCUGAGGGGCCCAACA